CCUCAAGUCAACGCCAACCCGAACAGCACACACCCCUCCCCUUGUCCUGCCACGCCCCAGAAUCGUCCACGUCCCCCGGCGCGGAUGCGGACACUCUCUCGUUGUCUCUCUCGGUCAAUCUCUCUUUCUUCGCCCAAGACGACUUCAAGAUCUUCUGUUUGCGCUGGUCACUUUGAAGCGACCCGACACGCUCGACUUCGCUCGUCUUCUGCAGCAGCAGCUCGUAUCGUCAUCCCAGCCUCGACUCCCCCGGAUCCCCGGCCGUCAAUCAUCAGUCACCGUACCCCGUCGCUCGUUGCAACGUCCGUCGUCUGAACUUUUUGUCCCUCCAUCGCCCGGUGAUUAUAAGCUCGAUAUAGCUCCCAAGCUUCUGUUGGAAUCAUGUCAAGCUCCUUCGAAAAGUCCGUCAAGGGCGCAACGAAGAUCAAGGUACGUGUGCGGUCUUGGCGGCGCGCUCUUGAUGAGCAUUAUAUCAGCGGCAAUCAUGAGCCCAACCAAUUUUCCUCGAUGGGCGCUGGUUCUCAAGAUUCGACUUGGUACUGAUCUUGGAUGCUAUAGAAUGCUCCCCCAAAAACGAAAUACAUCGAACACAUUCUCGUAGCUACCCAUUCCGGCGAAGCUGGCGUCGGCGAGGUCUUUCGCGCUCUCACAUACCGUCUUCGCGAUUCAACAUGGACCGUCGUCUUCAAGAGUCUAAUUACUGUUCACCUGAUGAUCAGAGAGGGAUCUCCUGAUGUCACGCUUGCCUUUCUCUCGACGCAUCGCAAUGUGCUAGCGAUUAGCAGCUUUACAGACGGUACGUUCCACGCAGGCCGAAAGAUAUCUGGGUCUGGGCAUUGACAGAUUGGCAGCACAAAUCCAAGGACGGAAUAUCCGACAUUAUGCCCACUACCUAGCCGAGAGAGCUCGCGCAUACGAGAAGACGAAGACGGAUUGGGUGCGCGCUUCUGAGUCAAGACUUGAGAAGCUUUCGGUUGAGAAGGGAUUGUUACGAGAGACGGAAAUCGUUCAACACCAACUCGAGGCUUUACUAAAAUGCGACGUUAUGGAGAACGAGCCAGAGAAUGAAAUCACCAUAACCGUUUUCCGACUGCUUGUCUUGGAUCUUUUGGCACUAUUUCAGGUUCUCAACCAAGGGCUCAUCAGCAUUCUCGGUAACUUUUUCGAGAUGUCAAAGGUGGAUGCCGAACGUGCUAUGGCCAUUUAUCGGAAAUUCACGAAGCAAACAGACUACGUCGUCCAAUAUCUGAGCGUAGCUCGUCAGCACGAACACCACACUCGAGUCGAGGUGCCCAAGCUCAAGCACGCUCCCGUUAACCUUGGACGCCAGCUGGAGGAGUAUCUUCACGAUCCCGAUUUUGAGGUCCACCGAAGACAAUACCUUGCAGAGCAGGAUGUGAAGAAAAUCGGUGGAGGUUCAAGCUCGAAGCAAGGAGGUCUCAGCAAGAAGAAGAGCACCGAUUUCCCUGAACCAGCCUCCAACAACCCCUUUCCCAAGAUCACGGCCUCUUCGAGUGGGAACAGAGCACCUGAGUCGAAACCCCAAGCCAACAAGGGUCCUGAUCCCGAUCUGAUCGACUUCUUUGACUCUAUCGAACAGAACCAGACACCGAUGAGCAUGAAUCCCCAGCCCCAACAACAGGCUUUCCAGCAGCAACCGACAGGCAUGCCGUUUCAACAGAACGGGUUUGCUCCUCAGCCUACUGGAUUCGCCUCCAACAGCCCAUUCCAACAACCUCAGCAAACUGGGUUCAUGCAACCGCAGCAACCCCUGAUGCAGCAGCCUCAGAUCCAACUACAGCCCGACUUCACUGGAGCAGGUUUCGGAGGCUUCACUCCUCAACAACAAGCCUUCCAACCAAGUUCGCUCGCACCAAUACCUCAAGAUACAAUGGCCAGCUUUCCCAACGCUGCUCCUCAAAUCCAACAACCUGUUCAGAACGGAUCCCCUCAGGGCGGCCUCCAACCGAUGCAAACAGGAAGCACCAACCCCUUCCGCCAGUCCAUGCUCAUGGCUCAACAAACAGGCCUACCAUCGUCUGCUACAACACCCGCUCUAAACCGCCAAUCUACAAACCCAUUCGCUCGAACAUCACCACAGCAAAACACUUCUCCUUUCGCCCAAGCUUCAAACUCGCCUUUCCAAUCACCCGCUCCUCAACAACAACAACCUGCUCUUCAACCUACACCAACCGGCACAAACCCCUUUGCUCGCAACUCCACGAUGCCAGCGCCAAACCAAGAACCGCGCCCACAAACUGCCGGCGCUGCUCUCGCUCCUCAACCCACCGGUACUACCAACCCCUUCCGAAACGGCGCCUUUGUCAACCACAAUACAGGUAUGGGAUGGCAAGCCAACCAGCAGCCUAUUGGAGGAGGCCUCGACCAACUUCCCACAGUACCUGUAUUCCCUCGUCCUGCUCAACAGACACCCUGGCAGCAAUAAGAUUAUCGAAGCAGCCGUUCCAAACCAAACAAUCUUAUCUUACAAGCUCAAAUCAAAGACAUAAUUCGCAUCGCGUUUCUCCAACAGCGCCCUUUUGUUUCCGUUUCUUGGCUGUAACAGCCUCCCUUUCCAUAUAGUAAGCGAGGCGUUUUCGGGGGAUGUGAUUCGAAAUGAGGAUUGCGAGGCCACAGGGUGAGCACACAGGAGGAUUCAGUAUCCUUUCUGACAUUGCCCUUCAAUCUUCUCCUGGUGAUUUUUCCUUUUGGAUUAGUAUAGUAGCAGUCAUACAAAAUACAAUUAUCAUCAAAUUAUUUCUCUGUA